AUGCUACUCCUGCUCGAGCACCUGGGAAUAGCAGAGUUACAGAGGCUCUCGCAAGUCUGCGUGGUCUGGACCUCCCUCGCACGGGACGAACUCCGUCGACGCGUCUUCCUCGAGUUGAAGCGUCACGUUUUCGACGCCUCGCUAUCACGUUCCCUGUCGUCGUACCCUCUCAAGGAAGCCGUGGAGAACUUUCUCGUGCUUCUGCGCACAACUCGCUCGGUUGUGAGUGGCUCUACAGCGCUCGCAGUCUGUAUGCAGGGCACGAUACGGGCUGGGGAAUGGAUGGACGAGCGCGACCUGGAUAUCUUCACGCCAGUAGGGAUGGCACCCAAUGUCAUACUAUACUUCGUGGAGACGCUGGGAUAUACAGUGGCUCGGCGCUUCACAGGGCGUGUGGCCGAUGACGACGUCUUCGGAGGCGACGACGAGGGCGACGCCGACCCGGACGACGAACUUGAAGUCAAUGGCCCCUCCUUUACAAUUGGUCCUUCACCGCGCGGUCUCGGGGUCAUGAGCGUUACUCGUUUGGUCAGGAAUGGCGGCCUUCGCGUGGACGUCAUCGAAGCCGAUUCGGAUUGCGCCAUCCUACCCAUCGCCCACUUCCCGUAUACGGCGCUGGUCAACUACCUUACGAGCACGUCUCUCGUCGUAUGUUACCCUCAGUUGACGCUGGAGGAGUUGGCGACACAUGCAAAUCCCGGCAUGUCGGUGCCGGAGCGGAUCAAAGCCAAAUAUCAAGAGCGCAAUUGGACGGCGCCGACGGAGUUCCAGCACACGAGCCAGUGCAAGGUUCCCAAACACUACUGUCCUCGCAACAAUCGCAUUUCUGAAGAUUCAUCCUGUCUUGUUUUUGACUUCGAGCCGAGAGGGGGCUACCAUUUCCCCUUGGAGCACGUCCGUGCGGUCUCGUACUAUCCGCAGGCGUCGUGGACGUGGGGAGACUGGUCCAGUACGGACGCGCACGACGAGCCAUAUGUAGUCUCCCGCUAUUCACCCUUUGUUACCCACUAG